AACUAACAAAGUGAGGGGUCAAUACAUGGGGAAUAAUUGAGCGUAUUACCAUCAUAUAGACUUAAGCACGCUUAAAAUAAGUAUGGCAGCAGCGAGAUUAGAAACUAACCGGGUCCCAUUAAGCCUCCAGCAUGACCUCACCCCACAUGACCCCUACAGUAACAACAAUACAUCGCUGGACAUGUCAACAAAAGCAGCCACUGGUCUUGGAGAGAAUUUUCGUUUUAAGGGCUUCCCAGAACGCAACAUGGACUCUCCUCGCAGACCAAUUCUAGGGGACAAGCCACUUGAGCCUACUUAUAAUGCAGAUUUUAGAAAAGCACAGCAUUUACAUCCAGACCGACCCCUGGGACAGUUGGGACAUGGUUUUGAAUAUGGCAGCACAGGUUCUCCACACAAAAGUGAGGGCCCUAGACCUCUUGGGAACCCCUUGCAGGACAAAACGUCAGCUGAUCUGCUAAAGCAUCGCCAACAGAUGGAGAUAGCGGAGCAAGACAUCCAGGAGUUCAAGCAGUGGAAAAAGCACCAAAUAAAUGCCAAAGAGGAAGAGAAAAGGAGAGAUUUGGAAAUGUUAAAAAGUUACAAUCCUUGGGGAAAAGCUGGAGGGGGUGCACCAAACCAGAAGGAAGAUGCCAGACUUCAGAGAUUUGAUGACGAUAUAUUAUUCAAUCCCAAGACAAAUACAAAAACAUCAGAAUACUAUCCAACAUUUGGCACCCAGGGAGGAGGGGCUCCAAUAAGAACCACCUCGGGCCAGAUUGUGACAGAGAUCCCCAAGGACAAACUGAUCAGGUUCCAGUCAGAUGCGCGGAGGACGGAACCCAUGAUUGAGCCGUUCCGUUACGCAGCUGGGAGAGACAAAGCCAGUGACUUGCACAGAGCUCUAGAUCAACAAACAUAUGAAAAACUUGUAAACCAGCAAAAAUCCAGGUCUCAGGAGCUGAAGGAGGAGAUGGACAUGCUAACAUUUGAUCCAUUUGGAAAGCCUGGCGCAGGUGCCCCUCUUAAGUCUAAGACAGGCUCUAGAUACAUGCUUAGACGCCCCAUCACCCUAACCAAUAAUAGCACUGAGUUGCAGAGAGUAGAGCGUAGAAUGGCCACAGAUCCUGAUCUUCGCAGAGCACAGGGAUUUCCUAACCUAAACAGGGGAGGAAGUAAAAGUGAAAACAACUUCGACUUCUAUGACCCAUUUGGCAAAGGGACGGGGCAGCCCAUCAGAGACCAGUUUGGGAAUGUUGCCCGACACAAAAACUCAGACAAAGACAUGGGCGUGAUAAGUUUUGACAAGGGGAGUAAUGAAGGUGUCUCGUUGGAAGUUGGGAAAUUUGCCAGUGGAGGAGGCGCUCCUGUCAGGGCAAAGGAUGGACAUGCAGUGACCAAGAUGAAAAUUACGAUGGAUAAAGAUGCAUUUGGAGAGAAUCGGUUCCAGAUGGACCACCCAAUGCAUCAUAUGGAGACAAAGACUGGAGAUGAUGCUGGGUACGACAAGUGGUGGGGGCGUGAGGGGGCCGGAGCACCCAUUAGAGAUAACCGUGGCAAUAUAGUGACAAACAGGAGGAGAGAGGUUGAUUCAGGUGAUGAAAGAAGAAAGAAAGCUGCCCCUGCUCUUCUGCAGGAGCUACAACGUGAAAUGGUAGAACAGCAGCAGAACAAAAAGGAAAUGAAUGAUUCCUUUAAGCAGCCAGCAAGUGAUUUGGCCACCAUCAUGAACAAAGGCCAAACAGGCAAACCUCGUAGGGAUCCAGAAACUGGCUUACUGACCAACCAGAGUCUGAAUGUUUCAGAUGUUACUAGAAUGGCAGUAGAUGAACGCCGCCAGCUUACAAAUGACAGCCACAAAUACCACAGUGAUCUGCAGAGGUUAGCAGAAGAGAGACAGAGAAUAAAAGAGCUAGAAAAACUAAGAGAUAUACAACAGGGACAAAAGCAUCAAGAGGCAUACAACUCAUUCUGGGGGCGGCCGGGAGCAGGUGCCCCUGCAGCACCUGAUGCCAGGAAAGCAAACCUUGACAAUAUACUCAACUCUCCCAGGAGAGAUCACAAUGACUAUCACAAAGUGGUGAACACUGUAAGCGGCACCACCACUGACACAGACCAUGCAGGAGCCAAGGGUGUGUACGCCAGGAGUACACUAGGCAGCAACCACGCUAACCUCUUUGAGUUUAAUCCUCCAAAGAAACAGAGAAGGGAGUACAAAGUCAAUGCACCAUGGGCCAACUACUGAGGGGGAUUUUUGCUGGUGACAUGAAGAUAAAAAAUGGGACAGAAAGCCAGAAAUCGCCCUUAAAACUAGAAGUGGAUUUAUUUUUGUAUGAAAAUUCAAAAUUCAUUUUGAUAUAUUAGUAUGUUUCCACUGCAACUGAAACAUACAGAUCUGCUCUGUUCAGUGGAGUAAAAAUAUGUGAAAUUAAUGGUGAGAGCAAAACUUGGUGGUGAAGCCAAAGGAACGUCUCAGCAAGGUCAAGGAAGGGUAACAGACAGUUUUAUUUGGAAAAGAUUGAGGGAAAAGUUGAUUGACUAAAGUCAACAGCUAGUGUCACAAUCUCAGCAAGUCGCAUAAAACCCCAUUUGGCAAACAUGCCAAAUAACAGUGCAAUAAGUUUACAGUUUUUAAGUGAAAAAUUGCUGUACACCAACGUCAUAUGUCUUUUUGUGGCCUCAUGCCAGCUAAGACUGGCCAGCUUUAGUGAAACUUUAUCACUUUUGAAAUAAUAAUUUGCUCAGUUAAUUUUAAUUGAUAUUUUUUCUGCUUUUAUUUUUGUUAAACCAUACAACAAUUGUGUUGAAAAGGGAUAAGACAAUCAUCUAAAUUUGCUAAUCAUUGAGGGAACAAUCAAUACCAAAACAUUUUCCCCAAAUCUUAAGUAUAUACCUUACAAUCAGUGCUGUGUUAUAUUUUAAUAUUGUUGAACAGAAGGUGAGCUGAUUUUACUUUUACACUGACAUCUUUGUCACAAGCACAAUAACAUCUCUCUAUCCAUCACCCUUUACACAUAUAAUACCGAUAGUUGUGAUGGUAAAUACUGGAGAGGUUUGUAGCCAUUGUACAGCAUUAAAUGCAAGUGCAAUAACUGUACUUCCAUGACAUGAUUAUUUAUGUAUACACACAUGUAAAUAGUUCUCCUAUUGCAUAUAAUGAUGAUGCCCAAUUCAGGGACAAUGCACGGUGGGAGCCACUUUUUCUUGUAAGGUUCCUAAUUUGCUUCAUUCCUACCUGUAGUAAUGAAGCAUGUCAGUCAUGUCUUUUGGGAAUGAAUUAUAUACCAGUUGAUGUGGCUGUGUCAUUUAACUUCCACCUCAGAGUUGUUUGCAAUCACAUUUUACGAAGUAACAUAGUCGUAAGGGUUUCUUGCUUAAAGGGUAAAAUUAUGAUAGCCUUCCUCAUGUACAUAACUUCAUAUCAUAAUCACCAUUCCCUUUACAAUCAUUGGCUGUUGAUGAAUAUCAGUGAGAUACAUUUUCAUCUGGAAAAUACACUUGUCAUUUGUCUUUAGGGUAAGUUUAUAUGACACUUGUGUGGAGUGGGGCAUUAUACAACAAACAUUGCUCCUUCUCUCACUGAGUGUGAUCAUCUGCAUAAUUUGUACCGAUGUACAAUAUAUUUAACAUGGUAUUGGUUAAGGUUUAACUAGAGUUGUAUAUCCACCAUGGGUGUAAUUUUAAGACUUUUCAGGGCAUUUAAUGUGUAGUGCAUUUAAGGCAUGUUUGUAAUUGAAUUUGUGUGUACUGAACAGUUACACUUCUUCAGUGUGUCAUGUGAUCACACUGCACAUGUUUUACUGUGCACACACAAGCAGGCAGUGUGAGUUUGCACCACUCCAUUCUCACAUAAUUGCAUCAGUUUUCAACCUUAGCAACUUCAAAUAUAAUUUCCCCUAACUUCUCCGUAUAUCGACUGUUUUUGAAAACAGAGAAGUAAAAAAAAAAUAAAUAAAUAAAACCUAUGUUAAUGCCUGUUUGUUGAGCUGAAAGUCUUUACUUAAAAUGUUCAUCUGAGUUUCAUAAACCAUACCACUUAAAUACAAUUUUCUCCAAAAGUAUCACUUUGUACUCCUUCAGUUGUAAUAAACACAUCUGAUAUUUA